AUGUCUGUUCCAUUCGGUGUUGACUUGGGUAACGAUAACACGGUUAUUGCGUGUGCCAGAAACAGAGGUAUUGACAUCAUCGUCAACGAGGUGUCUAACCGUUCCACUCCUUCUUUGGUUGGUUUCGGAUCUAAGAACAGAUUCAUUGGUGAGGCUGCUAAGAACCAGCAGACUUCCAACAUCAAGAACACCGUCGACAACUUGAAGAGAAUUGUUGGUUUGGAUUACAAAGAUCCAGACUUCAAGACCGAGCAGAAGUACUUCACUGCUAACUUGGCUGAGGGUGCUGAUGGUCAAAUUAACUCCAAGGUGAGAUUCUUGGGUGAGCAACACGAGUUCACCUCCACCCAGUUGGUGGCCAUGUACUUGAACAAGAUCAAGGACAUCACCCAGAAGGAGACCAAGGGUAACAUCACUGACAUCUGUCUUUCUGUCCCAGUGUGGUUCACCGAGAAGCAGAGAAGAGCCGCCUCUGACGCCUGUAAGAUUGCCGGUUUGAACCCUGUGAGAAUCGUCAACGAGGUUACUGCCGCUGCCGUCGGGUACGGUGUUUUCAAGCAGAACGACUUGCCUGAGGAUGAGGCUAAGAAGGUUGCUUUCCUUGACAUUGGUCACUCCUCCUUGCAGAUCUCUAUCGCUGCCGUUAAGAAGGGUGAGUUGAAGAUCUUGGGUUCUGCCUACGACAAGCACUUUGGUGGUAGAGACUUCGACUACGCCAUUGCUAACCACUUUGCUGACGAGUUCAAGGGUAAGUACAAGAUCGAUGUCAGAGAGAACCCUAAGGCUUUCUACAGAGUGCUUACUGCCUCCGAGAAGGUCAAGAAGGUGUUGUCUGCUAACACUUCCGCUCCAAUCAACAUUGAGUCUGUCAUGAACGACGUCGAUGUGUCCUCUUCUUUGACUAGAGAGGAGUUGGAGGAGUACGUCAAGCCAUUGUUGGACAGAGUCCACGUUCCUAUUGAGGUUGCCUUGAAGGACGCUGGUCUUACUGCCGCUGACAUUGACUCUAUCGAGAUCAUUGGUGGCUGUACUAGAGUUCCCUCCUUGAAGAACAGAUUGACCGAGAUCUUCGGCAAGCCAUUGUCCACCACUUUGAACCAGGACGAGGCCAUCGCCAGAGGUAAUGCAUUCAUCUGUGCUAUGCACUCUCCAACCUUGAGAGUUAGACCUUUCAAGUUCGAGGACUUCAACCCAUACUCGGUUUCUUACUUCUGGAACAAGGAGGAGGAGGACGACGACCACUUGGAGGUUUUCCCAAGAGGUGGUCUUUUCCCAUCCACCAAGGUUAUCACUUUGUACAGAAAGGGAGACUUUGAGAUCGAGGCCAGAUACACCAACAAGGCUGAGUUGCCAGUCGGUGUUGAUCCAUUGAUUGCUAAAUGGACCAUCAAGGGUGUUGUUCCAAACGAAGGUGAGACUUCUAUUGCCACCAAGUUGAAGUUGAGAAACGACCCAUCUGGUUUCUACACCAUCGAAUCUGCUCACACUGUUGAGGAGAAGCUCGUCAAGGAGUUGAUUGAACCAAAGGAGGGUGACGAUGAGGAUGCCGAGCCACAGUACAAGGAGGUCAAGAAGUUGGUCAAGAAGGACGACUUGGUGAUCGAAAUUGAGUCUGCUGCUUUGUCCGAGUCUGAGAGACAAGGUUUGUUCGAGAAGGAGGCUUCUUUGGUUGUCGCUGACAAGUUGGUCGCUGACACUGAGGACAGAAAGAAUGCCUUGGAGGAGUACAUCUACGAGUUGAGAGGAAAGUUGGACGACCAAUACGCCAAGUUUGCUUCUGACGCCGAGAAGGAGAAGUUGACCGCUUUGUUGUUGAAGACCGAGGACUGGUUGUACGAUGACGGUUACGACUCGACCAAGGCCAAGUACAUCGCCAAGUACGAGGAGUUGGCAUCGAUCGGUAACCUCAUCAAGGGUCGUUACCAGGCUGACCAGGAGGAGAAGAAGCAGGCUAUCAGACAGAAGCAGGAGGCUGCACAGAUGGCUGCUAUGGCUGAGAAGAUGGCUGCUGCUAGAGAGGCAUCCAAGGGAGGUGAGACUGCUGAGACCAAGAGUGACGAGAUGGAUCUCGACUAG